GAGGGAAUUUUUUCAGUUCCUAUGAAAGCAGUCUUACCAAAAGCAGAUAUAGCAGUACCAGAAUCACUUAAGUUCAACAUGUGUGCUGUAAAGGACUGUGUGCAAGUUGUAUUUCAAAUCACAAAUACCAGUGAACUGGUAACAAAUUUCCAUUGGAAAGUGUUGGAGCCAUUUUCAAUUGUUCCUGAAAGUGGUACUCUGUCACCACAAACAUCAUGCAAUAUCAAAGCGACAUUUAGCCCAAAGGCAGCAUUGGUUUAUGAAGGCACUGCAGUGUGUUCUUAUAGUGCUGAGCAAAAAGUUCCUUUUACAAAGCAUGUCAGAUUGGAAGGAAUAGGUAAAUUUCCCCAUCUUGUAGCCAGCAUAUCCAGGCAGACCAAGAACACUCCUACUGAGUUCACAACCAAGGAUGAAUUAGAUUUAAAUUUUGGUGAAGUCCCUGUUCAAACAACAGCUGUCAAGUGGAUUGAGCUACAUAACUUCUCUCCAGUUAAUGCACCAUACCAAGUGUUACAACCGUCUUCUACCUUCAAUAUGGACAUGGUGUUCUCAUGUUCACAUUAUCAUGGUGUUGUCCCAGCAGAAAGUACCAUCAAACUUAAGGUGUCAUUUACUCCACAGAAUCCUGGUUUUCACUCAGUGGAUUAUCUGGAAGUUAUAGCUCUUGGAGCUACCAAUUGUUCUGUUAUUAAAUGCACAGGAAUAGGCAAAGGGCCUGAAGUUGUUCUUGACUGUGACUAUCUUGAUAUGGGAGUUGUAGAAUCUGGCAAGUUUUCAGCUAAAAGUUUCAAGGUUGUUAACAAUUCAGAUGUUCCUGCAGCUUUUCAGUUCAUGAUCGACUGCAAUCAAAGUGUCUUCAAGCUGGAAACAACAUGUGGUUUAUUACCUGGCAAGGGUUCUCAAGUCAUAAUUAUACGCUUUUCUCCAACAAAUCCAAUUAAUUACUACAGGAGACUAACUUGUCUAGUGCAAAACCAGGAUCCAUUGUAUGUUGAUUUGUUUGGAACUUGUCAUACAGAACAAGUUAAACCAGCUGUUUUGCAGAAGAAACAUCUGGACAGGUAUCACAUCCAUGUUAGACGUGGAUUCUCAAAAAUCUCACCAGAGCAACUUAAUGAAGAUCUGAGAACAAACAAACUUCAACUUGAUGAAGAAGGAGCUCUAAUGGCACUGGAGCAUAGUACUUCCUCUAGAGAAUUACUGCCAUCAGUUCAUGAACUUUCACCUAUGGAAGAGUUCUUUUGUCAUGCAUCAGUUGGAGAAACUACUGCCAUUGUUCCUCAUGUCAGUUUAGAUGUUCACCACACAGACUUUGGGCAGCUGCUGGAUCCUAAAGCUGUGGAGCAGAAGACAGUAAACAUCACAAAUCACACAAAGGGAAAAAUCACAUGCAUGUGGAUGAAAGAUACAAAAGGGAUAUUUUCUGUUUCCCCUGAUGAAGCAGACAUCCUCCCCUUAAAAACUGCAUCAUUCCGAGUGACAUUUAGACCAAAUGCUGCCAAUCAGUUUUUUAGUGCUGACCUGGAGUGUUAUGCAUUUUAUAAGAGUAUGAGAGAUUAUCGCCUGGUUGAGGAUACCACUUUGUGCCCUCCCUGGUGCCUUUCACUCAGUGCUACAGGACACACAUUUGCAAUGGGGACUGAAACAUUUAUCCCCAGAAGUCAGUGGGAUGUAAAACAGCUGGUCUUUCCAGCUACCACUGUGGAUGGCAUGUCAUACAGAACAUUGCUGUUGAGCAACAAUGGGCAGAAUCCAAUCCAUUUUGCAUUUGAUGAUGAUCCAUCAGGAGAGUUUACAUGUAGACCUAGAACUGGAUUGCUUACUGAUAAAUAUCAGUUGAUUAUUUUCAAAAUGGCACCAACAGAAGCAAAAGCCUUUAGGUGCACAGUCAAUUGUAAGCUGAAUGAUGCAAACAAGUUUACUCAGGAAAUCAACCUUGUUGGAUCAGCAGAGACUCCAUCUCUAAAACUCAAUAAUCAGGGAACUGUUUAUUUCAAACCAACUUGUUUGGGUACAGCAUCAACAAGGCUGUUUGAAGUAAAGAAUACCUCCAGGAUUCCACUGAGGUUUUCAUGGAAGAUCCCUGGACCUCAUUUUAAAAGUCUUAGCAUUGAUCCCUCUGAUGGAGUCAUUCUACCCAAUGAAACUCAGGCUCACACUUUUAGCUUUAAACCUCAUGAAGAAGAAAAAUAUGUGAUCAAGACAAAACUCUCUUUGAAAGGAUUGCAACCAGAAUCCCAGCAACAAGCACAAGAAGAUAAGUCCUAUCUAGUGAGAGUUAUUGGUGAAGGAUCUCUUGGGGAAAUUGUGUGUCUAGAGGAGGCUAUGACUUUUGGGGACAUUGUUGUGGGAAGCUCUGCCUCUCAAGAGCUAACAAUCCAUAAUAAUAGUGACUGCAGUCUCCACUAUAACCUACUUAUUGACCAGGAGAUAUUGGGACCCUAUGAUGAUGAACAGAUUGCAAGAGAUGUAUUGGCAAUGGAAAUAAGCAAUCAAAAUGGGAUUAUUCCAGCAAGAACUUCCCAGAAAAUAACAGCAACUGCCUAUCCUUCACGCCGUGUUUCCUACAAGUUCAAACUCUUUUAUGAACUUCUCUCAAUUUGUGAUGGUGGAAAACCUCUGAUGACUUGCCCCAAAAGACAACUAGCUGAACUGCAGUGUCAGGGAGUGUAUCCUACUCUGUCUGUGACUGAUGUACGUUGUCUGGGGAGUGGCAAAGCAUACAGCAAAGUGCAGAUAUGGAAUCUCCUAUCACUUGACAGUCUCAAUGAAUGUUUGGAGGCAGAUCCGUCUCCAUCAGAACUCCUUUAUGCUGCAGUCACAAGGCACAGUACCAGGCGCAGAGUCCCUGUCAAUACACGAGCGAUUAUGGACUUAAACUUUGGAGCUGCACCUUUGAAUGGAGAUCCAUGUGUGGUGCAUCUUAACCUACAAAACACAGGCACAGUUCCUGCUGAAUGGUAA